AUUUAAAAACAUAAAACAUAAAUUAGUAAGAACGCAGAAAAGUAUAGGGGGUAUCUUGGUGGUGUAAGAACUAGUUUUUGCCGGUCAGAAUGUAGGUAACGGACCCGGCGCGUGCGCGCAUCCCCUUUUCCUCGCGCUGCAGCCUGAAAGCACGCGCGUGCCUGUUGAGGAAUAACAGGAGGAAGAAAUGUCUCGCGCGUCUCUACGGUUUUCACGUGUACGUUAUGUUAAAACGGCACGGUGGAAACAACGCGCUGUCUGACGCCGAGCCUGCACCAGCCGCCUGUCGCUUUGUUAGAACGUGAGGGAAACCAAAUGCAAGCCGAAGACUCUCAUUUCCAGAUCACGUCACGCGCGAGCCGACACAGAGCUCAAACUCUUCUUCUGAAGAGGACUCUGUGUUCUCCGAUCAUCCCCCAUGAUGCGGGUGUGGAUCAGCGUUAUCACAGAAAGCCCACAUUGAAUCGGUUAUGGAACAAGCCACCGUCAUGAUGCAAAAGGAUGGUAGGCAAAGAGAAGAAAGCCGACUGGAUUAAAGUUGUGCCUGAUUUCCAACUCUUAUCUUCACCAUCAUGAUGGUCUGCAACAGCAGUUCAGGAUGUGGUCUACCAGAGCAUCACACACUCAAAUAUGUAACAAAUGUCACUGGGCUUCAGGAAACCACAAACUCCACUUUACCCAUUAGUCUGAAGGUCGUCCUGUCUGUUAUAAUGGUAGUCAUCAUCGCCAUCGGUUUUCUUGGGAACGCCAUCGUCUGCCUCAUAGUUUAUCAAAAGCCGGCGAUGCGUUCUGCUAUCAAUCUCUUACUAGCCACGCUGGCAUUUAGCGACAUCAUGCUCUCGCUUUUCUGCAUGCCUGUGACUGCUGUUACGGUGGUGUCCGAUGAAUGGCGGUUCGGACCGGACUUUUGCCGCAUCACCCUCGUGCUUUAUUGGCUCUUCGUUCUGGAAGGAGUGUCCAUCCUGCUGAUCAUCAGCGUGGACCGCUUUCUUAUCAUUGUGCAGCGGCAAGACAAGUUAACACCGAGUCGUGCUCGCCUGCUCAUCGCCGCCUCCUGGCUGCUGUGCUUUUGCUUGGCUUUGCCUGCUGCUGGCAGCGUGCCAACUCUUAAAGCACCACGCUGCAUUUUGGGAUACAUAGAGUCCCCUAACCGGGGCUACACACUGCUGCUGGUCAACGCGGUCUUUUUCGUGCCUGUGAGCGUCAUGCUCGUCUCCUAUUUGCGCAUCCUAAACACAGUGCGUCGAAACGCCUUGCGUGUCCACAACCACACUUUUCCCAGUCCUGAACAUGGAGGAAAAGUAAGUUUGCCGGUUCUACGGCGUCCCCCACAACUCAGCGUGGACGUGAGCUUCAAGACCCGGGCCUUCACCACAAUUCUUAUCCUUUUUGUUGGCUUUGCUGUGUGCUGGCUGCCCCACACGGCACUCGGCCUCUUGGCUGCUUUCAAUCAGAAGUUCUACACGAGUAACGAGUUUUAUGCAGCAAGUGUUGGAGCACUGUGGCUCAGCUACAUGAAGGCAGUGUUUAACCCUGUGGUGUACUGCUGGAGGAUCCGCAAGUUCCGUGAGGCCUGUGAUGAAUUUGUGCCCAGGAGCUUUAGGCUGCCCAGGCUGAGGGCACGCGGUGGGCCCAGGGUUCGUCCCUGCAGCAUCUAUGUCUGCGCUGAGAGCCAGUCAGCCAUGUGAUGCUUUGAUAAACAUGAUGGUACAUAAGACUUUUAUAUCUUCAGUAACCUCUUUAUUCUGGACAAUGUAAACAGAGGAUCUGGAUCCUAUUACUGGAACACUGUGUGAAAAAUGGUAAUUCAUCAUGGAUGGGACAUAUUGCACCCAUAAUGACACUCUCAUCAUAAAAUACCUAGGGGCGAUUUAUCUUAGCCUGUCCCCUACAAUGUGUUGUUAAGACAGUAAAGAAAAUCACACACAGGAAAAACACCAUCCAAACAGAAGCUGAACUCAGGAUUGAACUGGGCAACCUGGAGCAGUGAAGUGUUACACACAAUCAGAUUUUAUAAGCCAGAUGUUACACAAUAAGCUGUUCGUUUGUUUGUUUUAAAAACUAAGCUGCUAAAAAAAUUACUGACCAGGUAAGACUUAUUCAAAAGCAUCACAGUACAAACACAUCCUGCUUUUCCUUCUUUUUAAACAUUUAAAAAACUGAUAAACUUUUAAAUCUGGACUUUAUUAUUUUUUUUUUUCAAUUUUGAAUAUUUAUACCAAACUUACAGAUGGACAAAAACAUCAUACUGAGAUACUUGAAGAUGCAACUACGAGAUUUCAUUUUUAGAAUUUAAUACACAGUAAAUAAAUAGUUUUAUGAUGAGCACAUUCAAAACAAUGGAGCCACUUUAUAAAAUUCUAAGGGGGCUAAGUGCAAAAUGACAACUGUACAAAAAUUUAUGUAUACUAUCAAUAUUUUGAAAGUAUGUUACAAGUCUAGAGGUUUACAUAAUCCCUUUUUAAGGGUGAUAUAUUUUCUCAUUUUACAGAAUUAUACUAUUAAGUGUAUAUAGGAAAAAUGUCUUUCCAAAAAAAGUCACCAUUUCAUAAGGGUCAAAUUACUGGGUUAUGAACCCUUAACACCUUAUAGGACCUGGUGGGAUCGAGCUGAACCACUAAACCUUGUGGAGUAAAUGUGAUUAGAAAAAAACAUAGAUGUUCAGUUCAGUUUUAUUUGUACAGUGGAACCUCGGAUGACGAGUAACGCGGUUUAUGAGUGUUUCGCUAGACAAGCAAAGAUUUUUAAUAAAUUUUGACUUGAAAAACAAGCAUUGUCUUAGUUUACGAGCACCGAGUAUCAUGUAUCAUGCAUGCGCUUCUUUUUUUGACACCUAG